UGUGGGUAUACCAGCUGGCCCACUACCAUAAUGCUAAAUUAAAUCUCACUAAUUCUGAAAUAAUUCUCACGUUCUAUAAUCCCCAUACUGGCUGAGUAAAUUACCCCUGCUAAUCAUUCACAAAAUCUGCCAACUUCUAUUCAUCAUUCUACGCACAAUCUAAAUUGAAGUCUAUUGACAUUGAAUUUUAAAAUCCAUUAAUUGAGCGGUUUGAAUCAAGCCUUUAUUGGAGAACGUUAUUUUCAGUGGCGUGAACUGUCAUUUUCUCUCAAAAUAUAUUAAUUAAAAAUGGCCAAGACGUCUUUACCAGUUAAAAUGGAGAUUGAUUUAACUACUCAAGUUGCUGAAGCUGCAAAUAUUGAUCGAAAUCUUGUCAGUCGUGUUAUCCCAAUGUUUGAAGAUGGUUAUACUGUACCGUUUAUUGCACGUUACCGUAAAGAAAUCACUGGUGGAGUAGAACCAACAGUGUUGCAUAGGCUGAAAGAAAAAAUGAAUGAUUGCAAAAUGCUGAUUGACAAAAUAGAAAAGUCGAUGCAAUUCUUCAAUAAAAGUGGUCUACUUACCGAUGAGUUAUCACAACAGUUAAUGCGGUGUAAAACCACCGAGGAUAUCAAACUGUUAACAGAUCCAUUGAAGCCUAAAGGUCCACGUACAUUGGCUGGUAAAGCAAAAGCUGCCAACUUAGAGCCUAUUGCUCUUGAUAUCCUCUAUUCUUAUAAAUUUGUUGAUAUUUACUGUCGAGCUACUUCCGAAGCUAAAACGACAUUCCAGUCGAAAUCAGCACUUGAAGAUGCUGUACGUCACAUAAUUGCUGAUAUAUUUGCUAAAGACUUAGACAUAAUAAGGAAGGCUGAAGAAUUAUGUUCAAGGUAUCCUGCAACACUUAUAACCUCACAAAAGUUGAAACGUGAUAAACAAGCAUCUUCAAAAUCAUCCUCUUAUCCACAGCCAAUGCUUAUUGAUACAGACGGGGAGAAUAAUAUUAAUAAUAAUAAUAAUAAGGAUUUUAUUGACGGUGACGAUGAGUGUUCAUUAAAUGGUCAAAAUUCAUCAAUGAAUCCUAACAAUAAUAAUAAUAAUCAUAAACCUAAAGAUGAUUUAAUUACAUUUAAAAAUUAUCUAAAUUUUUCUCGUUCAGUCUCAUCUAUUCUAGCACAUCAAGUGUUAGCUAUUAAUCGUGCAAGUGAAAGAGGCGUAAUCACUGUAAAGAUUAAUUUAUCCCCACAAGUACAACAACAAUGUACAACAUUUGUAUCUCAAAAAUACUUAUCCACUGUGAAUCGUGGUCAUUGGGAUUAUGUUAUGCAAGCGUUUGAUGAUGCAUGGAAGCGUUUGAUUGAUCCACAUUUAGUGCGUAGUAUUCGAGCUAAAUUAUCCACUGCAGCGCAAGAUUCAUCCCUUGAAGUAUUCACAGAAAAUCUUCGCCGUAUGUUGAUGACAGCUCCAUUACGUAUCCCAACUACUGUAAAUCAAACAACAACAACAAAGUAUGAAGAUGAAUUAGGCAUGAUUUCUUCGGCAUCUGGUGCACCAGGUGAUCGUCUGCCUGUUGUCGGUUUGGAUCCAGGUUGGCGAAAUGGAUGUAAAUGGGCUGCGUGUGAUCCGCAUGGAAAUGUUCUAGCCACAGGGAUAUUGUGGCCACCGCACACGUAUUCGGCUAUUCCAAUGAAACAGUUGAAUGCGCAUAAUGGACCAAGAGAGAAUAAUGGUUUGGGGGCAUUAACAGCUGUUAUGCAGCGUAAUCAUAUUGAAACUGUUGCUCUCGGCAAUGGACAAGGCAGUCGACAAACUGGUUCUUGGUUAUCCCAUUUAAUACAAAUUGGCCACUUCAAACCAUUAAAUAUUCGUUAUGCUGUUGUCAGUGAAUCUGGUGCCUCAUAUUAUAGUGCUUCAGAAUUGGCCUCUAAAGAAUUACCAAAUUUAGAUGUGAGUUUCAGGGGGGCUGUGUCAAUCGCUAGACGAUUACAAGAUCCACUAGCUGAAUUGGUUAAACUUGAACCAAAACAUUUAGGUGUGGGUAUGUAUCAACACGAUAUUCCAGAACGUCGACUAGUCGGUGCUGUUCAUGAUCUUAUGGAAGAGUGUAUUAGUUUUGUCGGUGUUGAUUUGAACGCCGCUCCACUGCAUAUUCUGUCUCAUGUGGCUGGUUUGUCUGAGGCGAAAGCAAAAGCAAUUUUAGCCUAUCGGUGUCAAGUUGGACCAUUUCGAUCGAGAGCUGAUCUUCUCAAGGUUAAAGGUAUUGGACAGUCAACUUUUGCUCAAUGUGCUGGUUUUGUUCGAGUGAAACCCACAUAUUCAACAACUACUUUAGAUGGUACAAAGGAUGUUGAAAUGAUUUCCAUUUCUAGUGAUGAUAUCGACGACAGAGAUAAUUAUGGUGGAGUUGGCGUUGGAGUUAAGCGUAAACGUGGUGCUGAAUCGAUUGGAAAACGUGUUAGUAAAAAGCCACGCUUAAAGUCAUCAUCUGUCAAUAAUGAUCAGUCUGAUGUGAAUUCUUUCAAUCCCUUGGAUCAAACAGCUGUUCAUCCGGAUACAUAUGAUAUUGCAACAAAUAUCAUUUCAAUGCUUCACUGUCAACUGACAGAUGUUGGAUCAGCAACGCUAAGAGCAGCUGCAACUCAAUUUAUGCUAAGUGCUGAUCGAGAUAAACGACUUGAAUCAUUCUGCACUAAAACUGUUGGAUUGGAUACAUUGCGUGAUAUUGUUGAAGCGCUUACACGUCCUUUGGAUUUUGAUGAACGUCAAGAUUGCUUCACACCAUUAUUCCACUCAUCUGUCAUGAAAAUAUCAGAUCUACGCAAAGGUAUGCAAGUCAGUGGUCGAAUAGAAAAUGUGACAACAUUUGGUGCAUUCUGUGAUAUCGGCGUGGAAGAGAAUGCCUAUAUUCCACGACAUGCAUACCCUCGAGGUGGAAGUGGCGGUGACAUGAUGAAACCGUCCAAAUUAUUGUCUAUGACUACUACUAUGCUGGUGGUGGUUCUAGUGAAGCACAAACUAUGUUCACUUUACGUUUAGGCGAUCGAAUCAAAGCCAUAGUAGCUAGUGUGGAUGCAAGACAUCAUAGGAUAUCUUUGGACAAAGUGACUAUUAUGCGGAAUAAUGAAUGAUGAAUGAAGCAAUAGACGCUGUUGUAUAAAGUGUUGAAUGAUGUGCCUGCCUACUGUUUCGAUAACUUAUUCAUGUUAUUAUAUUUUUCCGGUUUCCUUUUUAUUCUAUUUUCGUUAGAGCCUUUUUAAUACUAUUAUUAUUAUUAUU